AUGAACCACGGAAGACAACCACGACAAGAAUGCGUGAGAUGGAGGACGUUGAUGGCGAUGACAAUCGUCAUCUUCGUCGUCGACGUAUUUUCGGUUAAGGUCGCACGAGAAUCAAGCGAGAAGGAGUUGAAGGAUGUUGCUCAAGAGCAGAUCACUUACGACGGUGAUCAAGUAUGGAGGAUAUACAAACCCGAAGCGAAUAACAGUUAUGUGAGCGAGCUGGUGGAACGUUACGACGAGGACGGUUCGUACUCGAUAUGGUCGAACAACGCAUCAAUCACCGAUAUUUUGAUACGAAGUUACAUGCUCGAACAUGUGGAGUCGGUGUUCAGAAACGCUAAACUGGACUAUGACAUACUGAUCGACGAUGUGCAACAGGCAAUCAAGGACGAGAACCCUCCACUUACGCCGGAUGAACAGGAGGAGCUCGAGGGACGCAAAGGUCAUAGAAUGGAAUGGACCAGUUACCAUCGCCUGGAAGACAUUCAUGGUUACCUGGACUACCUCGCGGAAACUUAUCCCGACCUCUGCUCCGUCAUGACUAUCGGCCACUCCAUCGAAGGUCGCCCGCUCAAGGUUAUAAGGAUCAGUAACGGCAAGCCGAACGCGCCGGCGCUCUGGAUCGAUGGCGGCAUUCAUGCCCGCGAAUGGAUUUCACCCGCGUCCGUGACCUAUAUCAUUGAUUAUCUGGUCGAGAACAGCGAGAACCUGGAAAUAGACUAUUACAUUUUACCGGUGGCGAAUCCGGACGGAUACGAAUAUACCUUCGCUUCCGAUCGUCUUUGGAGGAAGAACAGGAGGAAGGCCGGCUACAGCGGUUGUUCAGGUGUAGACUUGAACCGGAAUUUCGGUUACCGUUGGGGCGGAAGAGGCACAAGCAAAGACGUCUGUCGCGAAAUAUACGCAGGCACCGCACCCUUCUCCGAGCCGGAAACCAAUGCUAUUCGGAAUUUCUUCGAGGCCAGCUCGGCGAACUUUAAGGCCUACUUGAGCUUCCACAGUUACGGCCAAUACAUUUUGUACCCGUGGGGAUAUGACCGGGUAGUUCCACCGGACUAUCUCGACCUCGACAAGCUUGGUCAUCAAGCAGCAGCAGCCAUGAAAAUGGCAGGCGGCGCUGGAAGUGUGUAUACUGUCGGCAAUAGUGCCCAAUUGUUGUACGCAGCCAGCGGUGGCUCGGAUGACUGGGCGAAAGCUCUACUCAAGAUCAAAUAUACGUACACCAUCGAACUAAGAGACACCGGCAGAUACGGCUUUAUCCUGCCAGCGCGUUACAUUAUUCCCACGGCCAAGGAAGCGCUCGCUGCGGUGGAAAUAGUCGCGCAAACUUGCAAGACGGAAUAA